CACACAUUUAUAGAACAGUAACUUUUCAUUAGUAAUAUAUUAAAAAAGAAAUAAAUAAAUCUAUUUACUCUCUAUAGUUGGAUUAUAAUAUCAAUUCAUCUAGGUAAAGUUAUAAAACGGGAAAACAAAAAUUAAACCGUGGAAACAAGGAUUACGUAAUCAAAGAAAAAGAACAUUGAACCAUUUCAAUAUACUCACUUAUCUUCUUUCUCUCUCUCUCUCUGGGUGUAUGUGUUUGUGUGUGCGUCUAUGUUGAUAUAGAAACAUAAUUGUGUGGUUGAUUUCAUUUAAAAUAAAAUAAUUAAUCAACUAAUAAACUGAACAAAUGAAUUCUUUCAUUAAAGUUUUAUAUUCAUUUUCAUUAUGGAAUUAUAUAAUACCAUUAUUAGUAAUAUUGAACAUCUCAGAAAAUAAUGCAACAUUUGCCAACAAUUUGCUUAAUGACAAGAUACGACUAGUUGACGGAAAUCAAUUGGCGCAUGUUCUAUUAAAUACGAAUAAUUUACAAAAUCAUCAUCAUCAACUCAUAGCUAAAUCUGUGAUUGGUUCACCCUACUUAAAUAUUGAUCCUAAUGGAUUACCGACAAGUAUUGAAUUUCCAGCUGAACCAGUGAGUGGAUUGCUUUUAACUCCUGCCAUAUUGGAACAAACGAAUGAACUAUUGAAUCAGUUCAAUACAUUUGGUUGUCCAUGGAAUUUAACAGCAUGUGUCUCAGGUGAAUUUACUAUUCGAUUUGGUUUAUUACCUGAACAAACGAUACCAAAUUCUAAAACUCACAUCCUUAGCUUUAUAGCUUCAUAUUUUAUUAAUCAAGAAAAAAUACCAUGGUUACUUGAAUUUUAUAUUUUCACUGAUCAUUUAUUAAUUAUUAAUUGGAAUCAAUUAUCCAAUAAAUCAAUAUCCAAUAUUAUCAUUCCAUUAACAAUAAAUCAAUGGAAUAUUAUAGAAACAACAAUUAAUUUAAAUAAUAAUUAUCUCAUUGUUAAGAAUAAUAAUCGACAAUAUAAAUCUAAUAAUAUUUCCAAUGAUAAUCAUGAAUAUCCAUGGAUACCAAUAGUUACUAUGGAUAAAAUGGAAUCAUUCAAACAAUUUAUUGGUUUAUUAUUUGGACAUGCUACUCAAUUACAAAUGAAUACUAAUCAAUCAAUUAUUAAUUAUGCUAUAAAUAAUUUCUAUAUUGAAUCAUCUGAUAUAGUGAAAUAUCGUAAACCAAAAGAUUUAAUGAAUGUCUUAGAUCAAAUACCAACUAAUCCAAUUAAAUAUAUAUCAUCAGUGAAUUUCCCUGAAGGAAGUUUUGUACGUUAUGAUUUUAUGAAUCGUUUACAAAGAACUGUUGAAGAAGAAGUAUUAACAAUUAAUUUUACAUUACCAUUUGGUGUUACAUCGGGUUUAUUAUGGUUUAGUGAAAGUGAUCAAUCAAAAAGUUAUGUAUAUAUAAAGAAUUCAUUACUCUAUUAUAUAUAUGCAAUUACUGAUCAAACUGGUAAAGCACAACGUACAGUAACUGAAGAGAUAUUUUUAAAUUCAUCAUUAAUUCCAGAAAAACCGCAAGUUUUACAACUUAUUCGAGAUCGAGAUAAUCUGACAAUUACACUUGAUCAUCGUAGCCAAGCAAGUAGAUCAAUCGCUGGUCGAGCACCUUUAGUAUCGACUGAUGGAAAAGUUUAUCUUGGCGGGUCAGUUGAUCCAAUCAAAGAUACUGAAGGCAAAGUGGAUAAAACUUUCCAAGGACGUAUUACAAAGGCUGAAAUAACAAGAAAAGGUGAUAAAGAUGUUAAUCUUUUAAAUGUAUUAAUUGAUCCUAAUUGGAAAGAUUCUAUUCAACCAACUGGUAUUACAGAUGUUAGAUUUCGUUUACCUAAAGCUCAACUUAUUAUUGGACCAACUUCAUCAAAUAAACGUUUUACAUCAUUAGAAUCAGAAUUUUCACGUAUACCAGUACCAAUUACAUUUAUGGGUACAGAUGAUUCAAUUGUACGAUUUGAUACAUGGAAUUUUGAAUUAUAUAGAUCAUUUGAAAUUAAAUUUUCUACUUAUGAACCAAAUGGAAUAUUAUUCUUUGUUGGACCUGAUCAAGAACAUAGAGAUUUUGUUUGUGUAGAAUUAUUCGAUGGAAAUGUUUAUUUUGUUUAUGCAGUUGGUGGACAUUAUAAACAUAUUCGAUUGAAUCCACCUAAAACAGUUGUGAAUGAUGGAGGUAUUUAUAGUGUAUAUGUAUCACGUAAUGCACAGCAUAGAUUUACUGUAAAAUUCAAUAAUCAAUUAGUCGAUGUUGAAGAGGGUAAAGAAGCGCAUCAAGCUGCAUUUGCUACAUAUACUUAUAUUGGAAGUAUUGAUAAUGUGGGUCGUUUACCAUGGCAUGUUUGGUCACGUGAAAAUUUUGCCGGUUGUAUUCAUUCAAUAUUAGUAAAUGAAAAUAGUUAUUUGGAUGUUUCAUCUCGAAUGAUUCAACAUACUGAUAUUGGUAAAGGAAUUCGUUUAGGACAAUGUGAAGUACCCAAACAACGUUGUAAUGAAAAAAUCUGCGGUGGUGGACGAUGUUCCAGGCGUUCAUAUCCAUUUUUAGAAGAAUUAAAUUUUGCUUGUGAUUGCAGUGAAUCGGAUAAAACAUUUCCAGAGAAAACUAUGGAUAUUCGACGAUCUGUCGGAUGUGAUCGAGAUGCUCCAAUACUUGAAAUGGAUGGUGAUAUGGUAUAUGUAGUUGAUUUUGAAGAACAAAUCAAUAAAUUAAUUACACAUACAGAUGAUAUUAGUUUACAAUUUAAAACAGAAACUAAUCUCCAUGGACAAACGGAUCAUUUACCAUUAUUCUAUUCAGUAUCUCGGGCUGAUAAAUCAUAUUUUCGUGUAGAUUUAGUUAAUGGACAAAUACGUGUUCAAACCAAUAUUAAUCAUAAAGGCAAAUCAAAUGCAUUCGAGGAAUUCUUUCUUCCAAGUGCUACAUUAAAUGAUAAUCGUUGGCAUACAUUACAUAUUGCACGUCGUGCUGAUUAUAUUGUCAUCUCUGUUGAUAGAGCUUCAAUAACUGGGAAAAUUCCUCUCCUUGAUCCUCAUGAUACAUUUCAAUUAAUAGCUCAACAAAUUUAUUUAGGCAGUGCUGGUCCACCAAAUUUUGGUUAUUAUCAAGAUAUUGAUACAAAGAAAAUUAUGUUACCACCUGGACCAAAAUUUGUUGGUGAAUUUAGAAAUUUUUAUUGGAAUCAAUAUGAUUUAAUUGGUACUAAAUUAUUUCCAACUAAAUAUACUACACAUUUAUUAAAUCCACCAGCAAUUCGACAUAAAUUUCCUAUAUGGCCAAGACAACAAACUUAUUCAAUUACAUGUAAAUCUGGUUUAAUUUAUGCUCAUAUGAAUAAACCAAUUACAAUGAAAAAUGGUGGAGAUACAUGGUUAAUUGAAUUUAAAACCAAUUAUGAUGGUGUAUUAUUUCGAGCUCGUGAUAUCAAUAAUCCUAGUGGAAUUCAUAUUACAGCUAUGAUUCUUAAUGGUCGUAUACAUAUUAUCUAUUCAAUUCAUGAUCAACAAGGUGUUUAUCAAAUUACUUCUGGUCCAGGUGCUGAUAAUGUUGCUGAUGGUAAUUGGCAUCGUCUUGCAAUUACUCUACGAAAAUAUAAUAAAGAAAUUCUAGCCUAUCUAGAUGGUUAUUCAAAUGAGUAUCUAGUUGGUAAAAAUGUUCGUGUGGAUUUAUUAUCACAAUUUGAUAUAUUUUUUGGUGGUAUACCAGAACAUGAAUGGUUAACAUUACUUAAUUUAUUACGUCGUUAUGCAAUGCAUUCAUUAGAACGAAGUGAAGCAAAAGAUGGUCAACAACCAUCAUUAACCGGUUGUAUUGGAUCAUUUAAUAUAAGAGCAAAUAAUUUCACUGAUAAUUUAUUAAAAUUAUAUGAUAGUUAUUUAACUGCUUAUCCAGCUAAUGAAUUAAUAAGAGGCUAUUGUAUGGAUUUAAAACGAUGUACACCAUCUUAUUGUCAUCAUGGUGGAUUAUGUCGACAAAUAUCGGAUAAUGAAGUUCAAUGUAUAUGCAGUGGAACUGGUCAUGAAGGACCUAGAUGCUCAAAUCCAAUCACUGAAUGUCCACCAGGUUAUUGUAAAAAUAAUGGACGAUGUAAAAUAGUUAAUGGUCAACCAAUAUGUGAUUGUUCUAAUACAGGUUAUACUGGAACAAUGUGUGAAAUUAGUCCAUGUAGUAGUGGAACAUAUUGUCAUAAUAAUGGACGAUGUUAUAUGAUUGGUUCAGUUGCUGCUUGUGAUUGUAAAGGAACUGGUUUCACUGGACCAAGAUGUCUUGAAUCGAUUUGUACACCAGGUUAUUGUGGUUAUGGAGGUGUAUGCACAGUAGAUCCACGUACGCAACAACCAGUAUGUAAUUGUCGUGGAACUGGUUACACUGGAACACGUUGUGAAACUCGUAUAUGUCCUGUUAAUUAUUGUGAAAAUUAUGGUGAAUGUAAAGUAGGUCCUGAUGAUCGUCCAACAUGUGAUUGUUCCAGAACUAAUUAUGCUGGUCCUACAUGUAAUAUACCAUUAUGUCCACCAAAUUAUUGUACUGGACAUGGUAUUUGUGUUGUGCGUCAAAGAAAUCCUACAUGUGAUUGCUAUCCAGGAUAUAGAGGACCGCGAUGUGAAAUUGAAGUAUGUCCAUCGAAUUACUGUAUGAAUGGUGGUACAUGUUACCCUGGUCCAGAUCAUAAACCACAUUGUACAUGUCCAGCGAAUUUUGAAGGGGAACAAUGUGAAAUGAGAAAAAUAUGCCCACCAGAUUAUUGUUUACAUGGUGGAAGAUGUACCAUGAAUAGAGGUAUACCAAAGUGUGAUUGUUUAGGCACCGAUUAUAAAGGUACACAAUGCGAAAUACCUGAAACUUGUCCAGUCGGUUAUUGUCAAAAUAAUGGUGUUUGUUCAGUGAAAAGUGGUAGUUAUGUAUGUGAUUGUACUGGGACAGGAUAUCGUGGACGAACAUGUACAGAGCCUAUAACAUGUCCACCAAAUUAUUGUAAUAAUGGUGGUAUUUGUUCAGUUCUACCUGGAAAUGUUUAUCGAUGUGACUGUUCAAUGACAGCAAGAACUGGACCUCAAUGUGAUUCCAGUGCUCAUGGUAUUCAUAUUGGAUAUGAAAGAGAUGGUUAUCUUAUUUAUAAUUUAAUACCAUCUAUACGUACAGUUGAUGAUAAUGUAACAUUUGGUUUUAAAACUUAUAUGAAUUCUGGUACAUUAGUGACAUUUUUAACAACCGAUGGAAAAUAUUGGGCUAUUAAAUUACGUGAUGGUCGUGUCAUUGUUGAUACAGGUGGGAAAAUUACACAUGAUUUCGGUAUGCGUUCAAAUGAUGGAAAUUAUCAUAUUAUAAAUAUUGAACGUAAAGGACGAACAAUGAUUGUUACACAAGAUGGUGAAGUACUAAGAUUAUCAUUACAAGAUUUAGUCAAUCCAUAUGAUAAUAGUCUUACUUACAACGCUAUUCAUUUAGCUGUAGAUGAGAAAAAAUCUGAUAUAUUCCGUGGAGUAAUCGGAGGAUUACAUUGGAAUGGAAGAUAUCCAAUUGAUGAUUUAAAUGCACGUAUAGUUACAUCAACUGGUACAGUGACAAUUGUAUCAACACCAGGUUUUCAAAUACAUCCACCAAGACCACAACCUGAAUGUAUAGCUGAUUAUUGUUCAAAUGGUGGUCGAUGUUAUGCAGAAAAUUAUCAACGAAAAUGUGAUUGUCGAUAUACAGCAUAUAAUGGAGCAAGAUGUGAAAGACAAUCUCGUGGUUUUAUGCCACAGAUACCAGAUAAUGGAGCUUUUGUUAUUUAUCAAAUUCAACCAUUAAAUCGAACAAAUCGUGAUCAAUUAAGAGUUGCUUUUCAAACAUGGUAUAAUGAUGGUCCAAUUGUACGUGUUGUACAAACAGAUGGUUCAUAUUAUGAAGUCUAUUUACGUGAUGGAAAACUAUACGCCGAUAUCAAUGGUGCAGAAUUCACUCUUAGUAAACCAUCACAAAUAUUUAAUGAUGGUCGAAUGCAUGUGAUUACAAUGGAUCGAGAUAAAGCACGAUUCAAUUUCACUAUAGAUGGACAUCAUACAACACAUUAUGUACCUGGUAUUGUCUCUGUGGACGGUUCAUUAAUAUCACAGGAGAUAAUUCUUGGAGCUGAUCGAACUUAUCAAAAUACUUUCAAAGGUGUAAUUGGUGCUUUCUACUGGAACGGACAAUAUUUAAUUAACCAAGUUGGUUCACUAGUCUCCAAUACUAAAGUCAUGGUGGCUCCAGGUAGAAAUGUUGCUAAAAAUAUGGAUGAAAUAGUUGUGGUGCUUAUGCCUGAAUUAUUAAAACCAAUUAAACCAAGCAUUCCUGAUAAUAAACCAUUACCGGAAGUUCUACCAGAUGGUAUAAUAGCAGGUGGUGUUGUUAUGCCUGGUUUAGGUAAUAGAAAUGAAGAUCAUGGAGGUGUAAUUCAUAUAUCUGAUGGUAAUAUCUAUGGCGCUGGUGCAACUGGAAUCAAUGCCGGUACUGGAUUGAUUCUUUCUCAAGCUGGUGGAUUAUUUGGUUUAGGCGGUGCUAUGAUUGAUGGUCUAUUAGCUGGAUUACUAUUAGCUUUGUUAUUAUUAAUCUCUGCUUUAAUAUGGGCGUGCUGGCGAUGUAAACCUGGAUGUUGUGGUUGGUGUACUGGUAAAUCAAGCGGAUUAGCUGGACGUAGUGCAUGGAGUCGAUUAGCUGCGAUAUGUUGUGCUGCUCCUGAAAGCGCUAUUAUUGUCAAAGAAAAGAAACAUUUACUGAGUGAUAAUGGCAACAUAGGCAUAGUAGAUGGAGCAGCGACUGGUGGUAUGACUGCAACAAGUCUACAAUCAUUACAAACUCAAUCACGUAUAGUUAAAGCGCCUCUAUCGGUAACCAGCUAUCCUAUAGGACAUAAUCAUAGAUUAGAUCUGACAGAUCAAAUUGGAGCAUCAGGUAUUUCCACUAUACGUAUUGAUCAACCAGUAAUGGAUGAUUUAAGCGCACGUCAAAAUGUCUACAAUAUGGAAGGUAUGAAAGUUGACUGUGUUGUCAUUACUAAGAAUAGUAAAUAUGUUGUAACUGGAUCUGGAAUGGGACCACCACAAGUAUGGGAUACUCAGUCUGGUGAUUUAUGCAAAAUUAUGGAUGGUCAAGAAUUUGGUUGUACAGAUUUACAUUUAGCUUGUGAUGAUUCUGUUCUAGUCGCUCAAGUAUUAGAUGAUAUCACUGGAUUGGAUACAUUAAAUGAACCAAGUGAAAUUCGUGUAAAACGUCUACAGUUAUGGGAUUUUGCUACAGGUCGACAACUUGAAAUGCCAAUUGAAAUUAUGUGUACAGCUACUUGUAUUACACGAUCCAGUGAAUAUGUUAUCAUUGCACAAGUUACACAAGAAGGACCAGCUAUAUUAGUAUGGAAUUUAACUGGUAAUCAAUCAGAUCAUAUUAUUCCAUAUCAUCCAGUCAAUCCAUUAUUAAAAGAUUCUAUUUCAUAUUUGAAUAUUUCAUUGGAUGAUCGUUUAGUUGUUGCUGGAUUAAAUAAUCCAACUGAUGAAUUAGCUUACUUUAUGGUAUUUGAUUUAACUGCUAGUUAUGUGGGUAUACAUCAACCGAAAUUUAUCACAUUUAAUGCUAAAGCUGAAGCUACCGAAAUCAUUGGAAAUGAUGAAGCUGUGACAGGUACACGUCGAGGUGAAUUAUUUGUAUGGAAUUUAUUAACUGGACGAGUUAUGCGUCAAAUACAAAUUAGUGCAACAUUAGAAGGUGGUAAUUUAACUAUGUUACCACCACAUAAUGAAACAAUCCAUUGUGUUAAAUUAUCUACAGAUGGACAUUAUUUAGUAACUGGAUCACAAGAUCAAACAGCUAGAAUAUGGACAAUGCCAGAUGAACGUUUAUUGCAUACAUUAGAAGGACAUGCUGAUGAUGUACUUAGUGUAGCUAUUUCAUUAGAUUCAGAAGUUGUUGUUACUGGUAGUUGGGAUGGUUCAAUACGUGUAUGGCGUGUACGUGAUGGUAAUCAAAUGUGUUGGUUUACAUCAAAUAUUGAAAUAUUACAAGUCAAAAUAAGUAAUGAUAAACGUGCAUUAGUUGCAUUAGGUGAAAGAAGUGGACAUCGUAAAUUAAUUAUGUUACAAGUAUUACGUAAUCGUACAAGAACAACAACUAAUUUACGUACAGCUGGUUCACGUAUUAAUUCAUCAUUAUCACCGCCAACACCAGGUUAUUCACCAUCAUCUCCUGUGAUUAUGGCAUAGAAAUAAAUAAGAAUAAGAAAAAAAAGAAAAAGAAACAAAGAGAAGAAAAUGAUUUUCUACUAAUUAUUAUUAUUAUCAUAUUUAUCCAGUAUUAAUCUCAAUGGAAUCGUUUCAUCCAUAUUCUUCUUCUUCUUCUUUAUUUUUUCCAUUGUCAACAUCAAUGCUUACACUAUUACAUCAUCAUCAUCAUCAUGAUGAUCGAUCUCAAUUCAUUUAGGAGUUAUGAAAUUAUUCUAAUAACAUUGUUUUUGCUAGAAAUAUACAUGUCAAUACUACUUAUAUUCUUAUUCUUACUAUUAUUAUGAGUAUUAUUAGUAGUAUUUAUGAUGUUCAAUAAUACCGAGGUUGAUAAACAAACAAGACAAUGUCACUUUAUUUUCUUUAGAUCAUAUCUAUCUAUCUAUCAAUCUAUCUAUAUUAUCUAUUCAACUCCAACAGACACUAAGAAUAGUUAUAAUGAAAUUACAUAUACAUUUCUUUGUUAUUAUUAUUGUUGUUGUUGUAAAACAAUCGCUUUCAAUAUUCAAUAAUCAAUUGAACCAUUUAUUUAUUCAAUCAAUCAAUAGAUCGAUCGAUCAAUCAAUCAAUCAAUAAUCACUAUGUUAUUUCGAUCAAAUACGGACAUCAAAUUGAUCGAAAUGAUUUUUAAAAAAAAUCGUUUUGCUUUCACAUUGUGUCUUAUUUUUUUUUGUUUGUUUGUUGCUAAGACAGGAUUUUCUACCCAACAACGUCUAUUAUUCUUUAAAAAAAAUAAUCGUUCAAUGUCUACCAAUAUACAUAUGAAUACAUAAAGUGCAUUUAAUAAAACAUUAUUUUAUUCAGUGCUAAUUUCCUUCUAAACAGAACUCUACUCCACUCCGCUCCACUACACCCCAUCCCCCACACAUAUACAUACACACAUACGUGCACGCAUACAGUUUAGUUGAUUUAUUUUUUUUCUCUUUUAAGUUUCGUCUUUAUUUUCUUCGUCUUCUUCUUCUUCCUCUUCAGUUUUAUAUCUUUUUUACAUCAUGAGAAUAAAUAAUGGGAAUUUUUAUUUAGGGACAAAAAAAAACCCCCCAGGUUGUAUUCAAUAUUCACUUGAAUUAUUUUCUUAACUUAGUUGCUAAGUGGUAAAAAUAAACAACAAAUUAAUUAUUCUUUCAUAUACAGAUAUUUACAUUUGUAUAUGAGAAUAAUAUCUAGUUGUUGAUUGAUCAUUAUGUAUGUUCUUCUAAUAUCAAAGAUUCUUUCUUUUUUUUGGAUGAUGAUGAUUGGAAUAUGAUUGAUAGUUUAUUGAUUUGUUUAUUGAUAAUCAUUGUGUUUUCAUACUAAAUUGAUUGAUAUAAUCUUAUGUUUGAAAUAGAAAGGUUAAAAUGCCAUAAUCUCUAUGAUGUGUGUAAUUCUUAUCCUUUAAAAUGGGCUUAGUAACAACUAUUCUCUUAUAUAUAGGUUUUAUAUACAUUCUAAUACAUACAUAUAUACAUACAUACAUAUAUAUAUAUAUAUAUAAUGCGGUCUAUUUUUAGAAGUUUACCCAAACGUUUCUUAUUCCAAUUAGAGAAGAAAAAAUAAAUAAAUAAACAGAAUUAGUAACUAUGCUGAGGAUACUGUUUUGUGAUUGGUUAAUUAAUUAUAUCAGGUUUUCUAUUCUCCAUAUUAUACAUUAAUUAAGUAACCAAACUAUUUUUGGCUGAAGUUUUUCUUUUUCUUUCACUGAACUCUUUCAACUAUUACACAUGAAUAUUUACAUAUGACAUAAUAAGUAGAAAACAAAAAAGAAGAAGAAGCAGAAGAGAAUGGUGAAACAUUCUCUUUAUUUUAUUUGUCAAUAUGAUUGUUUUAUUGAUUAUGUUUUUCUCUCUUUUAUUCUUUUCUUUGUUCUCUUUUCUUUUCUUUUUCUCAUUGAUAUUAAAUCUUUUAUUCACAUAUAUAUAUAGUUUAUUGUUUAUGAAACUAUUCUAUGAAAAUGAGUUUUAUUCAUUUAUGACAUAAUUCAUAUGCUUGAUUGUGUUGAAUUCAUUCGAUGAAUUCAUUUUGCCUAGAUAUUGCUUAUCUAUUUAUCUAUCUAUCUAUCUAUAAUCCUGUAUACAAGAUAUGUCAUAUAUGGAUAGGAUUAUUUAUAUACUGACUAUUUUCAUCUACUGAACUACCUAAUUCUUUGACUAUUGAAGGAAUGUUGUUUUUUUCUUUUAUUCACCAAUCAGAAUGUUGCUUUUAUGGAAGAUGUUGAUGAUAUUGAAUUGAUGAAAAUAAUAAACAAUGAAUAUAUUUAAUUAGCUAGUUAUAUUAUGUAAUAAUAAUUAUGAUUAUUAUUAUUAUUAUUGUUACUAUGUGCCUUCUUAGCCAGUUUUUUUUCUUUUUAUGGUUUUCUUUUCAUAAUGUAUCAUGUAUAUUUUUUUCUUUAAAUCAAUCAAUCAAUAAAUCGAUUUAUUUGAACUCUGAUAAAAAGUUUAAAAAGAAAAGAAACUUUACAGAUCAGCAAUUCUUACAGGUUAUAUUAACUUACCCCCCGCCCUCCGCCCCCCCCCCAAAAAUGAAACCGUAAUCUGUAAAAGAAGAAGAAAACGAGAAAAACUUUUCUGAUUAUCAUAAACACAUUUAUACAAGUUGAUUGUUUAUCUAUUUACAUAUGCAUGUAUUCUAUUCUAUUAUAUAUAUGAUAAAAGAAAUUCUCAAUAAUGAUUAACAUGUUGAACAGAGAAAACAGUUUGCCUUCUUCAGAUAGUCGGCUGUUUUUCUUUUUCUUCUUCUUCUGAUGAUGAUGAUGACGAUGAUGAAGAUGAUAUAGUCCUAUAACGAUUAUUGACUAUUAUUGAUCUUUUAAUGUUAUUAUUAUUACUAUAUUAUCAUGUUUCUUGUAAAAGACAACUUUGCUUAUA